GCAGAGUCCGGGGACCGGGGCAGAGCAUCAUGGCGAUUGACGGAGGGGGUAGGAACUGUGGUGUUCAUGAACUCAUCUGUGCCAGACGCGCAACAAGCUGUCAGUGGGGAGUUCUGACGAUCUGUCACGUCUCAGUGGCUAUACGCACACCCAGCCAGUGCCUCCAAUGAGCUAAUCUAGUGGUCAGCGUGGUGACGAGAUCCCCGGCUGAGAGAUGGCCUUCUUCAAGAGCUUCCAGCAGAACCUGCCAUCUGUCAACAUUUCCUCCAUCUUGAACACAGUCACCAGUCACGUGGACGACCUGGCCACCACCGUCAGCAACGCCACUUACGCUGUCAGCGACCAGCUGACUGAGCAGGUCACCACUAUCAUCAACAAGGUGCAAGAUGAGGAAGAGGGGGGAAACAACGGCAGCGGUCAGGAGGCUGGUCAGACUUCCUCAGCACAGGAAGGCAAGGCCAGCAGUAAAAGCAUAUGGAAGAUGUCUAGAGACUCAGAGACGAGUCACACACUUUCAAAGCACAACCAAACCAGCAAUUCAGGAGUGUGCGCUCAGAGCCAGCUUGAGUGGGAAUGGAGGGACGGGUGCUGGCGAGUUAAAAAGACAGAAGCUGAGUUAGCAGAGGAAGAGAAGAGGAAGAAGGAGGAGAAGGAGCUGCAGGAGAAGAGAGAGCAGAGGAGGAAAGAAAGGAGGGCAAAGCAGCUUGAGAAAGAAGUCAAGUCAAAGGAAAACAAAGCAGGAGACCAAAAUGAAGAAGCUGGUGCUUUAGAGAAAACAGCUGACAGUGGACAAGACAGAAGUGACGGUGGACACCAGUCUGCUACUCAACAUGAAUCUAAUGGCUGCGACGUGAUAGAAGAGACUGAGGGAGAUGAGGAGGUGGAUGACCUUUCUGGAUAUUCUUCAACAGUAAAAAAGAAAAAAACAGCCAAGAAGAAGGGGAAAGGCGCAAAAGAGGAUUCGACAAAAGCAGAAAACAGUUCAGACGUGGAGAAGAAAAAGGACAAGAAAAGCAAGAAGAAAAUGAAAAGCAACCAAGGGGGAGUUUUAUCAGACAGUGAGGAGGACAGAGGCCCCAACCCUGCAGUUCAACAGAACACAGCUACUGUGUGGAGCAGCAAGCGCAAACAUUCCACUGAGCAGGAAGGAUACAGCAGCGAGGCCUCCAGUGAAGGAGACGAGGCAGCCAGCAGCAUUCAGAGGAUGAAGGCAGAUUCAUCCCUCGUUGAGCUCCAGCCUCCUCCGUACCAGGACAAGGGCUCUCAUUCCCAUCCAGAGCAAGCUGUUAGGAGGGGGCCGUCCCCCCAGCACUGUCCCCCCAGCCCCCGCUGCUCCAGUGAGGCCAGUGUGGACCAGGACACCGAGAGCUACCUCAACAAAAACUGUGAAGAGGAUAUACCCAGUGACAGCACCGCUGUUCUGGGACCAGAGGAUGUUUCUGGGCCUCAGCUUCUCACAGCCUAUGAACCGGAGCCCCUUGCUAAAUACGGCACGCUGGACGUCGCCUUCGAGUACGACUCCACUGAGCAGUGGUUGGCUGUCACAGUCACUGCGGCGACAGACAUACCUGCUCUCAAACAGACAGGCAACAUUUCAUGGCAGGUCCAUCUGGUCCUGCUGCCCACUAAGAAGCAACGGGCCAAGACCGGGGUGCAGAAGGGCCCAUGUCCUGUCUUCACAGAAACAUUCAAGUUUUCCAGGGUGGAACAGGAGGCUCUGGGGGACUAUGCCGUUCGCUUCCGCCUGUACAGUAUCAGACGGAUGAAGAAAGAGAAGGUCCUCGGAGAAAAAGUGUUCUACCUGACUAAGCUCAAUCUACAGGGCAAGAUCGCACUACCUGUCACUCUGGAGCCCGGUUCUGAACUUACAGGUUGCAGCUCUCUGGUGAGUGUGUCUCGCAGUGCAGGAGCUCUGUCUUACCGCUCCGCUGCAGACUCGACCUUGCCAGAGAUUCUCCUGGGUCUCAUCUACAACUCAGCCACAGGACAGUUAUCUGCUGAGGUCAUCCAGGGAAGCCACUUCAAAACCGCAGUGUCGGAUAAACCUGUCAGCGGUCUGUUUUGUUGUAUAAAACACUUCGUGGGGGGGCAGCUGUAUAUCAUGAAAGACACCUAUGUUAAGUUGACCAUGCUGGAUUCCAAGGGGAAGGAGAUGUCCAAGUGUAAGACGGCCGUAUGCCGAGGACAGCCCAACCCCACCUACAAGGAGACAUUUGUGUUCCAGGUGGCGCUCUUCCAGCUGUCUGAGGUGUCACUGGUGGUGUCCGUGUUCUGCCGCCACAGUAGCAUAAGGCCCAGGGAGAGACUGGGUUGGGUCUCCCUGGGCCUCAACAGCACUGGUGAGGAGCAGCAGGCCCACUGGACAGAGAUGAAAGAGGCUGAGGGACAACAGUCUGUUACAGUGUGAGCAGUGCUGCAGGUGGCUGGAGCCCUGCCAUGUCGUGGAUCAGACCAGGUGCACAGAGUUUCACAACCCCUUACACUCAGCGGAGAAACUCCAGCCUUCCAGGAAAGGUUUCCUGCUUUAGGCCACAGAAAACCAGCCGUGCCACAGAUCCUAGAGGGGGAAAACCACAGACUGGAGGAAUGUGGAGGCUUUUACUGCCAAAGUACUGGCCGACCCAAGUGGUGCCCCGAGGACAGGUUUAGAGUCAGCCGUGUAAUUAAUGAAGCCCCUGGAGCUCCAAUAAAAGUGUUGAGAUGUGACGAGGGGGUGAGGAGCCAUACUGGUUUUUCCAAGUCUAGCGCAGCAAGUGGAAAUUUGGAUUUAUUAUAGCUGUCUCACCGUUUAACACCCGAGUAAUUAGGUUCUUUAUUUAUCCUCUUAGGUAAAUAUUCCCACCUGAACAUGUUCACAUUUUUCUCUGGAGUGCAAUAGUCAAAAAGCAAUAGAUAGCAGGUAGUAAUUUGGCUUUAAAGACACUUGUAUCAGUGCCCACUGGCCAAAAGCUCAAUCUAUUACAUUCUAGUUAUAGGAUGACCUUCCUAAAAAGUCAGGUCAUCUUCUAUAACAUGUUUAAAUGCUUAAGUGCUGAUCUCAGCUCAGUAAAAUUCCCCCUUGAGCAUUCAGUGGCACAAGCUAGUUUUUCUGGGCAAACACAUAAGCUGAUGGCUCAAUCAGGUUGGGACCUUUGUGCAAUUAGGAAAAAUAAACUGCUAUGUAUUGACAAUUUAUUGCAUCUGUCAUUGUAAGUUCAAAAAAAUCUUUGUAAUAAUUCAAUAAAUUAUUGAAUUACUAUUUAAUAAAUAUAUAGGAACCAUGGACUUAAGAGCAUUUUUGUUUCAUAAAACUAUUCUCACAGAAGAUAUUUGGGGGAAAAAGAAUAACGUUUUUAAAUUGAUCUUUUUUUUUACUUUGACUUUUUGUUUUGUUCAGAUUGCAGAAAUUAAAUCUGGCAAGGUCAAAUAAAGGACUUUGGAUUUAUAUUACAUGAUGCAUUGGGCCCCAAUAGACUGACUCCUGGUAAAGUACCAUGCAGAUUGGAUACAGGUGUACCAUCCAUUUAGCAAGCAUUCACAUUGUGCACCCUGCCAACCGUAUUGCACAGCAGCAGACAUUUGUACCUUUUUGGCAAACAAAACAUUCAUUACAAAAAAAACAAACCAAUAGGCGACAUAGUAAAGUGACAUUUCUGUCUCAACUGGGAGGGCAACAUGAUGAUGCAAAGCCAGAACUGGAUAUAUAUUAAAAGAAAAUGGUUUAGCUUUUCUGGCAACAAGUAAAAUGAUACCUUUGACACCACUCUCAUGAUGGUUCAUUACAUAGAAGACUACACGUGGCAGCCUGUUAGCUUAGCUUAACAUGAAGACUGUAUAUGGGGGCAAACAGCAAUCCUGAGCCUGCUCACUGAUCACAAAAUCCACUUACUAGCACUGUUUCUUGGUUGGGACCAUUAGCUUCCUCCGUCAGUUGCCCAAAACAGAAUAUAGAGUUAGUUGGUGAGCUUUACAGAUGGAUUUCGUUACCUUUGGACAGAGCCAGGCCAGUCUCCUCCUGUUUCCAGUCUUUAUGCUAAGCUAAGCAGCUACUGAUCGCAGCCUUUGAGAGAUUAACCAGAAAACAAAAAAGUAUAUUCUUCAAAAUAUCACACUAUUCCCUUUAAACUUAUAUUUUUUUCCUUUCUGCCAUAACCAUAAUAGUACACCUAACUUCAUUGGACAGAUUCUGCAUGAUCAUCACUAAUUAAACAUCAAGACCUAUUUUUUGUUGACUGUGGCAGCUGUGACUUUUGACUUGGUUGCAGUUCAGUAAGGGACACUUAACCAUUGACUGACUAAUAUAAUUAAACUACUUUAACCUCUGACCAAUUUUACAAACAUUAGUAAACACCCUAUAGCAUAAAAAAAUCAGGCCAUUUUUAAAACACUGGAAGAGUGGUGUGCCUACAAGCAUAACAAAAUGACAAAAUGGUGACUGGUUUUCUUGACGAAUGUUAGGCAUUAUUGUGACCGCUGAAGCACAUUCCUUCUUGAGUGCCUAUAACACUAACAUGAUUGGGCUAACUUGUUUCACUCAUCAGUUGAGGUCCUGUCUCAGUCUGUCUGAUCUCCCACAGGCAGAGGUUCUGGAAAAUGUAGGUUUCUGAAGAUUUACACACUUAAACGACAUUAUUUAAAAACAAACAAACAAAAAAAAAAAAA